GAGAGAGAGAGAGAGAGUGAGAGGGAGAGGGAGGGGACGGAGAAAGAUAGGGCACAUAAUCACAUGCGCAUCGGUGUUUUUCGCCGAAAGCCAGAAGCAAGCCGCGCGUUUCAUUGCGGGAAUGCAGGGAAUCACCUGCGAAGAUCGAUGACACUUAUGCUUAAGGGUGGCGGAGAAAGGGAGAACAAAGGAAGUAGAUCAAUUUCAGCGGGACGUUACGAAACUCGCGCGCCGGCAGACCAUCGACAUAAGAAUAUCUCCGGACGGAACGUUCUGCAAGAGGAAGGUCUAAUUAGCAACGAGUGUACAUGUGGCGACAUCUCUAGUCACCGCGAUACCGUCGGUGAGGUUAUUCCACAAUACGCAAUGCCAUCUAUUCAUGAACUCGGCGAGCCCAGUCGUCGAUUUUGACGGUUUUGCCUCUAUUCCACGCACGUGUAACUGCACGGACCGCUCGUUUUUGACGCACAAGUGAGUAAUAUCCGUAAAUUUUGCCGAACAGCUGGUCAGGAAGGCACACACACGUCGACAUCUCGAGACAUUGCGCGUUCGCGAGUAUUUGUGACGAUCCCGCGAGAGUGAUCAAGCCUCUUGUCUGGUGCCGAGGUG